AUGGCCGCUGCACCAACUGUUGUCUCUGCGCCCUGCCUUGUUGUCUCUGCGCCCUGCCCUGUUGGUACUGCCUCGCCAGCAUGGAGCCCAGCGAGUCUAGAAGCGAAAGAUGGGGGAAAUGAGGGAGAUGAGGGGGAUGAGGGGGAUUGGGGGGAGAAGGAGGUAGAGAUGGUUGGAGCUAGUGGUGAGAGAUGGGCAGUUUUGGGUCUCACUUACCGUGAGGCUGAGGAUGAGUGGCUUCAGGCUGGGCGUCGCCGCCUCUUUGCUCGGGAGAUUGCCCUAAUCCUUCGGAUUAGGCGUGAUAUUCUUGGCACUGACGCUGGCUCAUUAGAUGCCUUGGCUGAGGCCCUUCGGAGUUAUGAGAGAGAGUCCCGUGUUGGGGAUCCUGACCUCCUCAAACCCAUCCUUCCUAAUGGGGAUGAUGAUUUAUUCAUCAUUCCUCAGAGGUCGGCUCCUCAUGCUUGUCAGAGUGUAGAGGAGGUAGAGGAGGAUCAGAGGUUGUUACGUAGAAGAAGUUUAUAG